AUGCUCCAAGGCCUCCUGGACUUCUUGGCUUCCGGCAGCACCGAAGCCACGGAACUUCUCCGGCAAUAUGUCGUGCAUGUGGUGCCGGUCCUGAAUCCAGACGGUGUGGCCUACGGCCACCACCGCCUGGAUCUGCGCGGGGAGAACCUCAACCGCGUGUACGGGAAGGCAACCCUCGAGCACCACCCCUCAAUAGUGGCGGCGGAAAAGGCCUGCCUCUGCGCCCACGAGCAUCAGGGAGGGCUGCGCCUGUACCUGGACCUCCAUGCCCACAGCAAUCGCCGUGGCGCCUUCCUUCUGGCUGAUGCUGGUCGCGAUGCCGAAGCCCGCCUGUUCGGCUGGGCCUUAGGAAGGUGUUGCAACAUCUUCGAGUACUCGCAGAGUGACUUCAGCGAGUCUAAGCGAGGAACUGGCAAAUCCACAAUGGCAAAGCUGACAGGGAAUCCUCUCUGCUACACGGUUGAGUGUCACUACAUUCGAGGCUGGUUGGCCGGGGACCACAGGUCACAAGUUAGACACAACAGCAACGGGUAA